AUGCUGGAAGAUUAUAUAUCCGACUCAGAUCAAGAAAAUCUGCUGUCGAUUGAUUCAGCAAUGAUUUCAACGGAAUUAUUAGAAGUGAAUAUACUACGGUUGAGUCCUUCAAAAAGACAACAAACAAGACUUCGACUAUUUAGAAGUCUAACUAACUUAUAUAAUGAUUUUAAUGAUAAUUUAAUGAUUAAUGAUAAUGAUAAUGACGAAGUUGCAUAUGUAAAUAAUCAAAAUUUAACGCUGGGUAUAAUAAUAGAUAAUCAAGAAAUAGAUCAAGACAGAGUAAUGAAUUAUCACAACAUAGAACGAGAAGUGAAGCAUAAUAUAAAUCAGGAAGUUGAGCAUGAUUUGGAAAAUAAUCAGGGUGUUGAUCAAGAAAGUAAUUAUAAUGAUAAUGUCAAAGCCAGUCAAAUAGAUCAAGAUGGAUUAUUAGAUAACUUUGAGAUAGAGCAAGAGGUGGAGCAAAGUAUAGAUCACGAACCGGCGACAAACAAUAAAGUACUGGAGCUAGAAUUGGAAAAUAACCAAGGCAAUGAUCAAGAAAGUAAUAAUCAAGACAAGUUAGAGCAAGUAGUUCUUGAAUUAGAUAAUCAAGAUAUAAUAGAAGAUAGUGAAGAUAGUGAAACUGAUACCUUGAGUUUAGUUCAAAGAAAUUUAAGUACGAUUAGCAAUGAUAAUGCACCAGAAGAUAAAUCACAAACUCAAGUUCAAACUGAUGAAGCAGUAGCAAGACAAUAUCAGGAGAAAGAAAAUGAAUUGCAUUUACAAAAUUAUCUAGAUUUAAGAUCCUCAAAUACAACAUCAAGAAGAAGUUUAAGGAAAAGAAAUUUUGCAAGUACUCAUCCUUACCUUGCUGAUCAAGCACAUUAUUUAGGUUUAUCUAAUUUAAAUUACUUGAAUGAAAUUUAUGAAGAGAAUAAUCAAGAUUUAGAACCAAUAGUGAAGUACUUAAAUUACAAUUAUUUAAAAUUGAAAAAAUCAUAUCCUCGAGAUGAUAAGUAUAAAUCAAAAAAUUUUUAUGCUAUUCUUGGUAGACAAUCACAAUUAGCAAAACAGAAAGAACUUGAAGAAAGUAAUGAGAAAGAUUUUGAACCUCCCUCAGAGAAUUUGAAUGAUCUUUUAUCAUCUCAAAUAUAUUCAGAUUUAGAUACAGAUGAUAUUUUCAACUUACCCAGAAAUUCACUAAUUGAAGAAGACGAGUUCCAUAAUAAUAGAAUCCAACCAAUAAUAGAAGAAGAUUCGUCAGAUGAAUGUAUAUUACCAUCAAAAAGACACCAUCCAGUUAUUAGAGAUGAUCAAUCUGAUGAUGAAAUGUCAAAUUCAUCAAGUGAAGCUGACGAAGCUUAUGUUAGAGUCGGUGGAAGAUAUAGAAAGGAGAGAAGUGCUUUGAGAGGUGUUUUACCGGAAUCUGCUAAACGUUUAGAUAUUUAUAAAAAGCCAAAGAUGGUUAAUCAUCAAAAACAAGCUGAAAUAGAAUAUAAAAGAGGUGUUGCCGUGAGGAAAGCAAAGAAAAGGACCAUCAAUAGAGAAGAUUUUAAUGGUUUUGUUGAUGAUGAAAUUACUUAUGACACUGCAAAUGAAUUGUAUCAUGAACUAUAUGAGGAACCAAUAGAAGAAAUACAAGCAUAUACUCAUUCACCAUCACCACCGCCAACAGAACCUGAUUCAAGAUAUGAUAUGGAACCAAUAUCAAGAUGUGAAACUAAACCAAUGUCAAGAUAUGAAACCAUUCUAAUUUCAGAUAGAUCAUCAAGUGAAGAUGAAGAACUGGAGUAUGAAGAUGAUUUAAACAUAUUCGAAAUGGAUAAAGAAGUACCUCCAACAGAACAAAAUGACAUGGGUGAUAUGAAUGAAAUACAAAAUUUUGAAGUUCGUGAAAGUGAUCACAUUAAUCAUAUGUUUGCAUCUAACAAUAAAUCGUCAUCAGGUAAAAAGCGAAAAAGAGGGACCUCAAAACCUAGAAGUGUUGGCUAUGGUAAGAGUAAUAGACAGUAUAAAUCCACUUUGAACAAAUAUUCAAAAUCAGCCUAUCCAAAAUCGUCUACAUCUUCAGAAUCAAGAUCAAGUAGACAUCCAUCAAAGAAAAGAACUUAUAAAUCAUCAACUUCUGGAGAUGUUUACAUAAAACUACCGUUCAAAACAGUUCGCAAGAGACAAAAAUCAAAUACAUCAUUUUCAGCACCAAGAAUCAAACACAGCUCAGUUUUGAUCGAUCAUGGUGAUCCACAAGCAAAUGAAAAGCCAAAGAAGAAGAAUAAGAAGGGUUGGAAAAAUUCAAAAAUUGAUACUUAUCUUAAUUUUAGAGGUGAUAAAAAUGAUUAUUUAUUUUCAAGAACUCCAAUCUUAUCAACAACAGUAUUUGAAGCAGAGGUUGAUCCUGGAUAUCUCGAUACUACAAGAACUAGCAACCCAUCAGCACCUCAAGUAUUAAAGUUAGAUUCACAACCAUUAUUUAAUCAAGAUUGUAUGUUGAAUGAUAUUAAUUUGAAAAGAAUUAAAGAAAUGAUCCAAGGAAAAACAUACAUACGCAAUAAACAUUCAGUGACAAUUAAUUUUAUGAGUGAGAAUUAUGUCUUAUCAUUGAUUGAAACAAGUGCAGCACGUUUAACAAGUGAAAGAUUAUUGAAUAAAAUUUAUCGAUCAAUUAAAAAUUGUAUGGGGUAUAACGAGGAAUUAAUCAACGGUGUCUAUAACUGUAUUCAUCAAUUAAUAAUUUGGUAUUUAAUGAUUCAACAACCUCCAAGUCUAAUGGAGAUUAAAUUGAUUCAAGUUAUUACCACAAGCACAAUUAAUAGUUCAUUACCUUCAAGUUCAGUGUUGUUUCUCCUUCCCUAUUUACAAUUAUUUCAACUUACUAUGUCAAAAAUUGCCGAUUUAAAUUCUCAAGUCAUCAAAGUUGAUAAUGCAGAGUUGAGUAUUGCUUAUUGGACAUUAUUUUUUGAUUCAUAUACUUACGAAACAUUCAAUUUAAUCAAUUUUGAGACUAAUAAAAGUAAAGCAGCAGAAUCAUUCUUUAUAGCAUAUUCAUUAAUUGAAUCUCGGUGGAUAUCUAAAGCAUUAACGAAGUAUGAUCCAAUAAACAUUUCGAUAUUAUUAGAUUGUAUUUUGAAUUUGUGUCUCAUGGGUAAGGUUCAUUCAUGGGAAGUUAUACAAUUGGUGUAUUCUAAAAUCAAUGAUUAUACGGAUCCAGAGUUUCAUUAUAAAUAUAUUGAGAUAAUUUAUUUAUUAAACCAGAGAAAACACUGGCCAUUAGAUGAGAAAGUAUUAUUACAAAUAUAUUCUUCAAUCACAGCUAGGAAAUUUGCAAAUUUUCAAGAUGAAAUUGGUGUACCUGAUUUAAUUAGUCAAGUUAGAUCCAAGUCUGAUUUACCUAGUGACACCUUCUUCGAUAGAUUUAUGCAACUUUUAUAUUGGUAUUGUAGUGGAAUUGAAGCUUCAAAGAUUAAAAGAUUAGUGAUCAAAUUAUUUACCACUAGUGAAUUUCAAUAUGAGAAAGAUCAAGAUCAUAUGAUUAUGUUUAUCAAUAGACUUAAUUUCAUGACUUUAUUAUCACUGUUAUCAACUGUUGAUUUAAAAAGUCAAUUGUUACCAUUAAUAAAUAUAAUUGAAAAAGUAUAUGAUAUAAAAUUGACAAGUGUAAUACUAGAAUUUUCGAUGACACUAGUAAAUAUAUCAAUUGAGAAGAAUCUAAAAUUACCUAUGGAUGCAUUAUCAAUAUUGUUAACAUGCUUUAACAAUAAAUUAUUCACAACACCUGGUAUUUUAAGAUUAUGGAAGAAAUAUUCGAAUUAUUUAACCAAUACAAUUAACAAUACUCCAUUAUACAUACAAAUUCAAUUCUUGCAGUUGAAUGAUUGUAUAAACCCAGAUAUUCCAGAUAAAAUAUUGGGUCCCUUGUUAAAGUUAUUUUGCAAAAUUUGUGAUGUUAUAAUUACUAGCAAAGCAUAUGUGGAUCUUAAAGUUAUUAAAAAAGUACAAGAUACCAAUUCAAAAAUACUACAUUUACAAAUGGGAAGAAUACCAUUACCUAGUAUUACCGAAGAAGGUAAAAUCGCUGAAUUGAUUGAAACAAGUAUCUCAUUAUGGAUUAAAUGUGCUAAAAUAUUAAAUGAAAAUUGGGAUAGAUUAAUUUUACAAACUUUUCCAUAUACUGGUAAUCGCCAACUGAGAGAACAAUUUGCUUUGUUUUUCUACCAUGAGAUUCUGCAAUUUUAUGAUUUGUUGAGUUGUAAAGAAAUGUUGAACCGAACAAUAAUAAAAGAAUUGACAAAUUUUCAUCCUACAUCAGUUCAAAACUUAUGGAAGCUAAUUAGUAGACUAAAAAAUUGGAAGACGCUUAAUUUAAAUAAGAAGGAACUCACAUUACAAACAUUUCAAAACUCAAGAGUAUCAAUAUUGCAGAGAAUCAUAUCGAACAUUUCAAGUUAUUGCAAACCCGAAGAGAUCACAUUGUACAUUAAGAAUAUAUUGAAGAACUUGACAUCAGAGUUUAAUAAUUACUUUUCAUCCACUUGGUAUAAAGAGUUUUGCUCUGAGAUUUUAAAGGAAAUUCAGAAGAAAGUUAAGACUGAUUAUAUUGAUCAAGAUUCAUUAUUUUCAUUAAGUUUAAAAUUAGGUAUUUCCAAAUCUGAAUUAGAUCAAUUAAAAUUUCAUACUCGUUCAUUAAAGGAAAGGUUAGAAAUGUUCCAUGCUGAGUUUUUUAAUUCAGUGUAUUAUGCUGGUGACCAUAAUGAAGUUUUGAAAAAGUAUACAUUCAAAGAAGGUACGGAGUUAAUCUACCAAACAAUUUAUAUUUAUAUGAACGAAGUUGCAAAUGAUGAAACAAAAUGGGAACCAAUUCAUAUUUUAUUAAAGUUUUUCACAGAGAAUAUUGAAUUUGGAAAAUUUAACAUUGAUGAAAAAUUCAAAGGUUUUUUAAAAGCUAUAAAUCAGAUACUUUACAUCCAUAAUGAUUCAUCCAUAUAUUAUUAUUUUGAAGCUCAAAGGAUGGUACUUAAAUUAUUCAAAUAUGGUUACUUUUUAUUUGAUGGGUAUCGAGAUCAAGAAGUUGUAACUAAUUGUAAGCUUGAUGUAGUUGAUUUACCAUAUAAUAUCCACACAGAAUUUACAUUAGCUUCUAUAAACAAAUCAAAUUCAGAAUAUCCAAAACAAGUUCAAGUUGAUAAUAAUUCAAGAGAUAAGUAUAUAAAAGAGAAGAACGAAUUCAUUCAAUUUUUAUCACGUCCAAUUACUGGUGAUUGUUUAUAUUAUGAUUUAUGA